AUGGACGAGAAUGGAUCUCUUUAUGUCGUUGACUAUGGCAAAGAUGAAGUAAGACGAUAUCGAAGAGGAGAAUCUCAAGGAACAGUGGUUGCAGGUGGCAAUGGACGUGGAAAUCGUUUCGAUCAACUCUCUUCUCCCGCAUACGUAUUCGUCGAUCGAGAUCAUUCAGUGUACAUAUCUGAUUGUGGAAAUGAUCGUGUGAUGAAAUGGGUGAAAGGUGCAAAACAAGGCAUUGUCGUAGCUGGUGGUCAAGAACAUGGAAAUGAUCUUACACAAUUGUCAUAUCCUCAAGGAGUCGUUGUCGAUCAAUUGGGCACUGUCUAUGUAGCUGAUGCAGAGAAUGAUCGAAUCAUGCGUUGGCCUAAAUAA